AUGAAGAAAGCAAAUGAUGAGUGGGAUGAAAGAAAGAAGAAACAACAUAAUUCCAAAAAAAUAUCUUCAAACUAUCCUUCAUCUAAUGAGGGGGAGUUGAAGCCCAAGGCUUCUGAAAAGAAGGACCAAAGGGACACAUCAAGUGCUUGUAGAAGACCAAAAAUCAGAGUUGAUGUUAGAAGUCCUCCAAAAGAUAGAAGAGAUAUUCUUGGCAAUUGGAUCCUUUUUCAAUCCAAACAAAAGCGAGAUGAGAGACAAAAGAAAGAGAGAAGUAACGGUAAGAAACUUGACAACUCAAGAGAGGAAAAAGGAGAGGAAGUGAUGAGUGAAGAGAGUGAGUUGUCAAGAACUAGAAAUGAGUGGACAGAAUCGAGUGAAGUGCGUUUGGGAGGUAAAAUAGAGGGUGAACAAGUGCACUUGAGAGAUGAGGAAAAAGAAGAGAUUAAAAGAAUUGAGUGCAUAAGUGUGAAAGAUUCUUGUUCAAGUUCUAACCAAUUAACUCAUUCUUUUUCUAGUGUUUGUGCUCCAAAUGUGCAGGUUAUUGAAGAAGAACCCAUUGAAGUGUUGGAACAACAAUUGAAGGAAGAAUCUAGCUUCAAAUGGGAUUUGAAAGGAGCAAAGGCUGAUGAUUCGUGGAAACAAUUCCAAGUAGAAGACAAAGUUGAGCUUGAUGAUCUCAUGUGGUAUGACCUUAUCGAUGAUCUAUUUGUAGAUACAAAAAAAACUGAACUUGUAACACAAUUUGUUGAAUCAAGGGUUUUAAGUGAAGAUAUAACUCAAAUUGAGAGUGAACCUAACGUUUUUUGUUGUUCUUCUCACGUGAGCAAUCUACCACAAUGUGGUGAAAGUGGGAAACGAGACAAGUUAAGUGAACAAAUCCAAGAAAAUUUAAGAGAGGAUGAAUCUUGUUCAUAUGCUAAUCAACUAACUCUUUCUUGUUUUAGUCUUUUAUCUCCUUUCAUGCCAAGAAUUGAGGAUGAACUUUGUGUAAAGGAUGAUGACAGCUCACUUGAAGAAGACAAUCUCAUGGGUCAAGGUUUUAAAGUGUGGGAUAACCCAUUGUGGGAUGAUACUAAACAUGAGUUUACUGUACAUUUUUGUCCACUUUGGGAUUCCAAUGAAGGAAGCAAAGGUGAUGAAGUUUCCAAUGAAGACAUUGAGACACAUGAAGCUUUUGGUGCCGUAGAUAUUGAGAAAGUUGAGCUAGGUGCAGAAUGUAGUAGCUCAAGUGUGGAAAAGGACAAGUGCUCACAUGUUUUCAACUUCACAAUAUCUUUAUCUUGUUUUCUAGAUCCUUAUUUGCAGGUUCAUUCCAAGCCACUUCACAAGAAAAUAACUUUUGAUCCAUAUCAUGACCAUGGUAUAUUGAAUGGUCAAUGUCAAGAUUCGAGGACGAAUCUUCUUUAAGAGGGGGAGAAUGAUAGCAACCAUGGAGGCUCAAAUGCAUUAAGGAGCAAAAAAGGUCACCACCAAGAUUCGGGACGAAUCUUCUAUAAGAGGGGGAGAAUGAUAGUAACCAAGGAAGCUUAAUUUUCGUUGAAGACUAAAAAAUAUCAAGAUGCUUUAAUGGGCUUCAUUUGGUAAUGACAUGUCUUGUAAUGGAGGAAUAGCUCCAGCCCAAAAGGAGAUCUUUUGGGAAAGUCUUAAUACUAAUUGGAGGCCCAAAUUGAAGACCAAGAUGAGUUGGAUUAUGGCCCAAAACAUGCCCAAAGAAGGAACAAGUUCAGCAGCCCAUACUUGUGUUUCUAGAAGAUCAUUUAAUGCUAUGUUGACUACAUUUAAUGUUUUUAUUGAACAAAGUGUUGGUGGUCUUCUAUGCACAUUGGAACAAAUGUUUGGUGG